UGUUGUCGCUGUUGACCAACUGUGCAACUGUUGACUAAAACAAAUCGUCGGACACAAAAAUACAUUACAUAUUUCUCUGUAAUGGUUGAUCAGACUUAAUUUAAGAUACAAGAAGCUUAAAACAAUACAAUGAUUUCCGUACUACGUGAAAACAUGGAGGACAUUCGCAUUGGAAAGAUCGACGACUGUGACACAGAUAUGCGAAAAACUGGUCAAGAAAUGGAUGUGAUAAGACAAAGGACUGUGGCGUACGAGUACCUUUGCCGGUUGGAGGAGGCCAAAACGUGGAUGGAAGCAUGUUUGAAAGAAAAAUUACCCGCGACUACUGAAUUCGAGGAAAAUCUGCGUAACGGUGUAUAUUUAGCAAAACUGGGAAAUUUUAUUGCACCUGAAUCACUUGCCUUGAAGAAAAUUUACGACAUUGAUCAAAGGCGUUAUAAGGUCAUGGGUUUGCAGUUUAAACAUACAGACAAUAUUAACAUGUUCCUGCAAAUUUUAAGGAAAACCGAACUUCCUGUUACGUUCCAACCUGAAACAACAGACAUCUAUGACAAAAAGAAUAUCCCAAGGUUAAUAUACUGUAUACAUGCUCUAAGUACCCAUUUGUUCAAACUUGGGAAAGCACCUCUCAUUCAAGAUGUCUAUGGAAAAGCUGUGUUUACAGAUGAAGAACUUGAUACAGUCUCCAAAGACCUACAAAGAUGCGCGCACCCAAUGCCUAUGUUUCAAAAAAUUAGUGGUAUCUUAUCAAAAAAUAAUGUGGAUGAUGACCAAGGCAUGCAUAAAGCUGUAAUCGAACUAAAUAAACUUUUGGACAGUCAUAAACCAAUAACUUCUGCCUUAUUGAAUCCACAACUCAAGUUAAAAUAUGUCCAAAAUCGUCUUAUGGACGAAUAUAAAAAGGUAUUGAAGGCUGCUAAGCAUGAAAAAUUACAGGCCGCCCAUAACUACUCCCUUAAUGAUAGCUAUGUCCCUGACGAGUAUGAUGAACUGCUUACCAUUGUAGAAAUACAAGGGCACAUAACUGCCACGAAUUACAAAUUUCUGUGGAAGAAACUAUGCUCCACUUCAAAUGAUAAUGACAUCAAUAGCUUUCAUAAAAUCUUCAAUGAAUCUUGGGUGAAAGUAAAGGACUAUAACCCAGACAACUUGGACUUCUAUUGCGAUGUUGUUAAAGAAAUAAUUGAAAGUAAUAAAGAUGUCGAGGUUGAAAGCAUCACUAAUUGGCACAAGAUAUUUCAGAAUGUAAUUAAUGAAGGUAAUCGAAAAUCCAUUGAGCAUGGAGAUCAUAAAACCGCUAUCGCGAAAGUUAAUAGUGCUUUGGAUGAUGGUAAUUGUGAAGAGUUAUAUAAAGCAUUGUCAAAUCCUAAUCUUGAACUAAAUAUUAAGGUAGAUAAGUUUGCAAUCCCACUUAUGUUUGAAGAAAUGAAGUUAGAGAAGUUUGAACUUGAGAAAAACUUGAAUGAGAGUGAGAUAGCCGCAUCCGUGUCGUAUUUAACGGCAAUUGCAGCAGUGUCUCAGGCGGUGGAGAGGGGGGAUGAAUCGGCUCUUUGGAAGACAUUGACUUUGAAGCAGGUGCACCUCGAGGGUCUGAGGCCACACUGCCGCCGCCGCUACCUCUCUGCGCUCAUGAACGCGUUGCAGGUCAAAGUGAGGGAACAGUGUGCUUGUCCCUUGCUUACGUUAGAAGACAUUAGGGACACUAUUGAAAUGGUUAAUUUGGAGGAUGAUGACAAUGAGGAAUUAGUGGCAGUAAUUGAAGGAAUUAACAAAGCAGUAUCUGAUGACAAUGUGGAGGCACUAAUGCCUCUUCUAAAAAGUGCUUAUUUGAAGAUACCAGCUCCUUUACAUAAAGAGGAGAAACAUCUCUAUUUAAGAAUGCUGAAGAAAAGGUAUCUCCAUAAAGAUUCACAAAAUCUUUGGCUUGAUGACAUUGUUGAUACUAUAAAUGAAGUGAAUGAAGAGUCUUCGAAAGUCAAAGACUUAACUGAUACUUUAGUUCAGUUAAACUCGGCAGUAUUGAAAAACAACGUUGAAGAAUUCUGGGAGGCUCUGUUAUCGUCUAUUUUCUCUAAUUUGAUGGUAGACAGUGCAUGUAAGAACGUGUAUUUUCAGACGUUUACUAAAGCAUUGAAAAAACGGGGACACUAUAUCUGUCCAUGGAUAGUGUGCCACACAGAUGCAGGGAAUACUGUUUACAUAGACAUAGAGUCUUACACAUACAGCUGGACCACCCCAAAAGAUUUUGUUCCUUACGCGCGCUACUUCAGCCGAAAGGAUGUGAAUAGCCUUGUCGAAAAAACAAAUAAACAUCACAUCAAUAAGUACAAGCAAGUCAUCUUAGAGAAAGCAAUCGUUAAACUUCAGGCUUAUUGUAGAGGGUACUUGUACAGAAAGAAUUUACAUCAAAGGUUCAAGUUCUUCAAAGAGAAUGAAGUUUUUGUUAUCAAAAUACAAGCUUGGUGGAGAAGUAUGAUGAUUCAAAGAAAGUAUAGGGCAAUGAUUAAACUGAAGACUAUAGAGGCUAAAUUGCGGAAAGAACGAAAGCAAAAUCCUAUGGCUUGGUAUAAAAUCCAGGAGCACAAAAUAAUAAAAAUUCAAGCUCUCUGGAGAGGUCGCAGAGCUCGACAGGCGUUUGCUUCAUUGUUCCACUCUCCUAACCCACAACUAAAGGUUGUCAAGAGAUUCAUUCCCUUAUUAGAGUUUUCGACUGAAGACUACGACCGCGAAAUUGAACUCCAAAGUUUAAAAGCUGAAGUGGUGCAGUCUAUAAGGAAAAAUCAAGAGCUAUCCAAGCAAAUUGACGACAUGGAUUUGAAAAUAGGGCUCCUGGUCCAAAAUAGAAUUGCGCUACAAGAAGUCGCCGCACACGGGUUAAAACUUAACAAUUUGGUGAAACACAAUUCCAUGACUAAACUUGUUUUACAAAAUCAGGGCAAAGGUACUUUAAUGACGGUAUCCACAGCUGUCAAAGGUUUGAAGUCUCUUACAAAAGAAUGUAAAAGACUUCUAGAUGGCUACCAACAUUUGUUUUAUGAGUUACAAACGAACCCCACCUAUCUGUCCAAACUACUUUUCUGUAUACCGCAAAACAAGACUAAUUUCUUCGUGCAGAAUGUCGUUUUGAGUCUUUAUAAUUUCGGGGCUUAUCCUAGAGACGAAUAUUUGCUACUUAAGUUGUUUAGAUUUACUUUGGAGGAAGAAAUAAGCUGCAAAGUAGUAAAACCCUUUGAUAUAAUAGCGUCAACUCCACUAGUGCUUAAAAUGGCAGUUGGCCUAUCUAGACAAUUGUCAGGUUUAAAUAGCUUGCAGACUAUUAUUGGCCCCCUUGUUGAAAAGAUGUUGAAGGAUAAGGAUUUGAACAUAGAAACUGGACCUGUGGAGAUUUACAAGGCAUGGAGGAAUGAAACUGAAAUGAAGACAGGUGAAAUUUCGAAGCUGCCUUACACUGUUACUCAAGAAGAAGCCCUAACGUAUCCCGAAGUCAAAACACGUCUUGAAAGUGCCCUUACCCAACUGAAAUUCAUUGUGACAAUGUUCUUGGACAAAAUUACCAACUCUACCGAACUGCUGCCUUUCUGCAUCACGUACAUGGCCCGAGUUCUACAUAGAUCUUUGACAUCUAAAUUUCCCCAUACACCUGAGAAAGAUAUUCUGAAGGUGAUUGGAAAUUUGGUAUACUACCAAUUCCUCAACGCUGCAAUAGUGGCGCCCGACGCGUUUCACAUUAUUAACUUGCCGAACGGAGCUGGCCUCACUACGGAUCAGCGGAAGAACUUGGCAUCAGUGGCGAAAAUACUGCACUUUUCAGCUGCAAAGAAAGGGUUUGGCGAAGAAUCCAACCAUCUCCGUUGCCUGAACCCUUUCAUAGUGCAUUGCCACGAGAGGAUGAAGGAGGUGUUCCGCCGCUGCUGCCGCGGACCCACGCUCGAGGAAUACUUCUUGGUAGACGAGUAUACUGAAGCAACAUUGCUACAUCACCCACAUAUUUAUAUUACAGUCCAGGAGAUUGUAGACACGCAUGCCCUGCUAAUCGAGUAUCAGGACGUGCUGGCCCCGGAGCCGCGCGACCGCCUCAACGAGCUGCUGGAUGACCUCGGCGACGUGCCGUCUGUCGCACAACUCGCUUCAAGGGACGUCGAUUCGCAAUUUGGCGACUCCGUGGAAGAAAACGCGAGGUUGGAAGUGUGUUUAGCGCUCGUAAAUAAAUUCCAAGCCCCAGCAGACGACAUGACUGAUCUGAACAAGCUAUUUAUCAAAACCAAAGAAUUAUGCGUCGCUGUCAUACCGUUCCUGAACGGUGAACAUUUACUAGAAGCCAUAUGCAUCGGCACAACCCAAGAACAACAAGAGCAAUAUGCAGCAAAAGUAAAAAGACGCAUUUAUUCCGGCCAAGCGCGGCCCGACGACGCUAUGACUCUACGCGAACACAUCGCUAAACUGCGCAAAAACCUACAAAUGCUCGAAGAUGAAGGCUACGUGACUCGCGAAGAUGGGUACCAAGCUUUAGUAACGUCUAUAGCCCUUGACCUGUGCAAUAAGGGCAAGUACAGACAAGCGCAAAGACGGGCCUUGGCGACACUUACGCGCACUAAACAAAGCUUGCGUGAAAAAACUAAAUAUUACGAGGAAAAAUGCAAAUCUUAUGACGAGUAUAUAAGGUCGUGUCUCGCAAAUCUUCACGCCGGUAAAAGGAGUGUACACGCAUCUCUAAGAAGAUCGGGGAAAGACAUCCAGAAGUUAAAAUCGAAGCUAACAAUCAAAUAUUCGGGUGCUAAGUUAUCGGAACGCGGAGUUUUACUAGAAAUCGACGGUUUGCCGCCGUCUCAGUUCAAAAAUGUGCAAUUCGAAAUAACACCCACCGACCAUAAUGGAGUAUUCACGGUAAAAGGAAAGUUCAUGGGAGUAGAAAUGGACUCUAUUGAAGUAGAUAUACAAGAUUUACUUCAAAAACAGUAUGAGGGUUGUGCAGUCAUGGACAUGUUCGGAAAAGCUAAGAUUAAUGUAAAUCUUCUAAUAUUCUUACUAAAUAGCAAGUUCUAUGGCAAAUCAUAAAUUUUAAUAUUAAUUACGUACAUUUAAUUUGGGAUUUAUUCGUCACGACAACGUAAUUUAGUCACAUUUUAUUAUAAUCAUCACAUUAAUGAAUUAUCACAUUAGUAACUAUUAGAUAUAUUGUACCUGUGUUAGAAUUUAUAAGCUUGUUUUUAUUGUUUAUAAUUGGUUAAGUGGUCAUAUAAGCGCAGAGAAAAUUUACAGCCUGGGCUUUUAAAAACUGAUGACAUUUACUGAUGAUUUUGUUUGCCCUACGGCUACACAGUUUAAAUUUAUCAAAUUUGUAAUAUCUAACCUAUUUUCUUUUAAUGGCGCAAAGCACAACGCCGAAUUUUCUUAACGUACGGGUAUAGGUACGCUUUCUACGGGCUCCGGCGUAAUAGUAACGGAUGUAGCCGUGCAAUGAAAUAAUUAAGAGACAGCAACUUGUAUGUAUACACAUGCAUGCUGGUUUCUAGUACCAAAGAGAAUUUUGAAUAGAGGCGUAUUGACAAAAUAAAUUUUGUAGUCACAUGGUGGUCACAGUAAAUUUACUACCAUCUUUCGACUUUCGACACAGGAUUAAAACUUUUAGAACGCGAUUUGACUUUGAUUCUUGUUAUUUCACUGGUAUGUCUUCGGGACCGCCACUUUUUGGCUGCCGGGGCAGAUGUCUUGGCCGCUUGUGUCACCGAAGCGGCAGGAGGGGUGGCCUUCUUUUUCUUUCCCCGCUUCACCACUUGCGUCUAUUCCCCUUGCGCGGGGAAGUCUGUGUGGGAGCUGCAGGCACCGGCUUAGGCCCAGCCGCCAUCGUCUUCUUGGUCCGCGGAGUAGGCGCAGGUCUACCAGGGGGCAUGAGUGUCGCUCCCGUCUUGUCUGCCGCUGCCUCCUAAUUGCCCCCUGUUCGCCCUCAGUUGCGGGCUGGGCUGCUCCGGGGCGGCAGGCGCAUUAUUUGGGCGCUCUGCCCUUUUUCUGUCCGCCGCCAACGGCGGGCAGAAGAUCGGCUCCAGAGGGAGGUGCCUCAGGACCUCCUGCAGCCUGGUGUUCUCCAUCCCUCCCAUGGAAGCAAACAACUUAUUCUCCCUGAAGGAGGAGGAGAAGGAGAAGCAUCUCCAUCUCGGCCUUUAGGCGGUCCCCUGAUCCUUUAGGGUCCAUCGCGGGGGGUGCUUGAGGGGCCGCCAUUCCCAUCUCGGAGUAGGCUUUCAGGGGCACUUUUGUUUCCGAUUGCAUGAUAGCGAGUUCCUCCCGCAUCCUUUUGUUAUCCGCUCUGAGGGAGCGGAUCUCUUUGCUUUCAUGCCGUGACUGCAGCUGCUCCAUGGCGGACUUAAUAACGCUUCAAACGUCGUUAAUACGAGUUUGAGUUCUCCACGCUCUAACGCUUGGGCAAAACUGGACGAAAUUCGGCCAUAACAAGCCAGGUUGCUACAGUGUACGUUAACUAAUAAGAAUUAUAUUAUGUACGUAAAAAAUAUUGAACAUAAAAAUAGUCAUAUUUUAAAAACUAGUCAUUAAUUAAAGUUGCAACUUUACACAGAUGAUCAGAGUAUUAGAGGCUAUAUUUUCACAAAAUUUCAGCCAAAUCGACCGAACGAUUUUACCGAUCAUUUUGUGCGGGGUUCUUUGUUAAAUAUCAAAAGGUGUCGCCAUCUACACGAGUAUUGGCCAAAGGUAUGGCGCCAUCGCUCGAAAAGAUCGAAAGUCAAAUGGCGUUCUAAAAGUUUUAAACCUGUGUCGAAAGAUGGCAGUAAAUUUACUGUCACGAGAAAAUUUACUUUGACAAUACGUCUCUAUACUAAGUUCUCUUUGCUAGUACCUAAUGAAUUGGUAUCAUUAAUAUGCACAGCAUAACUAUAAGACAGGACUUAAUGAUAAGAUAAAGACUUCGUCGCUAGUGAUUAGGUAAUAUUAAUGGCUUUAAAAUACUGUUACAUUUAAGAUUAUUGAUAAUUUCAGGAAAUUCAAUACUCCUUAUACUGUAUCAUAACUUUAUACAAACCAAAUAAUGACUUCAGUAUUGUUAUUGAACCAAAUGAUUGUGAUUUAUUUAAUUUAUUGUUUACUUCAUUUAUUCGUGAUUUUUUUGGAAAAUUAUCUACUCUUUUUUUUACUAACAGAAAUAGAUCUACACGUAAUUGAAGACUUUCUGAUCAUUGUAGUUAUUUUUUCACAUUACUAAUGUUAAUCUAUGGAAACACGUGAUUUGAUUCCUUUCUUCGAACAUACUUUGUGAAACCCCUUGACAGUACCUAUUUUAAUACGUACCUAAUAAUUUUUAAUAAACGAGGCUAACACUA